GCAUGCGCUGCAUUUAUGUUGUUGUUUGUGGCGGUAAGAUGGCGGCGCUCGGAGACACCUCAGCUCCGGGGGUGAAUGGGUUAAUACAACAAUUCACAGCAAUAACAGGAGCCACAGAGAGUGUAGGAAAACAUAUGUUGGAAGCAUGCAACAACAACCUGGAGAUGGCAGUGACUAUGUUUCUGGAUGGAGGUGGUAUCGCAGAGGAGCCCAGCACCAGCUCCAGUUCAGCAGCUUCAAGCAGCAGAGCUCCCCCUUCAGAUGAAGUACGAGCACCCAUUCCCCAGAAGCAGGACAUAUUGGUGGAACCUGAACCACUGUUUGGAGUGCCAAAGCGAAGAAGACCUGCUCGAUCUAUAUUUGAUGGUUUCCGAGACUUCCAAACAGAGACGAUUCGCCAGGAACAGGAGCUGCGUAACGGUGGCACGGUGGAUAAGAAACUGAGCACCCUGGCAGACCUUUUCCGUCCCCCCAUUGAGCUCAUGCACAAAGGCAGCUUUGAGACGGCAAAGGACUGUGGACAACUGGAGAACAAGUGGCUGAUGAUCAACAUUCAAAAUGUACAAGACUUUGCCUGCCAGUGUUUGAACAGGGAUGUUUGGAGCAACGAUGCAGUGAAGACCAUCAUCAGAGAACACUUCAUAUUCUGGCAGGUAUACCAUGAUAGUGAAGAAGGACAAAGAUACAUCCAGUUCUAUAAACUGAACAAGUUUCCCUAUAUUUCCAUCCUCGAUCCCCGCACAGGUCAAAAGAUGGUGGAGUGGAAUCAGCUGGACGUGGCAUCGUUCCUGGAGCAGACGACCGGCUUCCUGGCAGAACACGGGCAGCUCGAUGGACCAUCCUGUCACGCACCCCCUGCCAAACGAGCUCGUUCUGAGAGUCUGAUUGAUGCCAGUGAAGACAGUCAGCUGGAGGCAGCGAUCCGAGCCUCCCUACAGGAGACCCACUACGAGUCCUCAAAUGCCCCCGAAGCUCCCGAUUCCCCCCGAUCAGAUGAUGAAUCAGACGCAGAGCCUUUCUCUGACAGCGAAGGUCCCAUUUCUGUUGAUGGCUCGGACAGCGAAAUGCCAGCACCGCACGAAGAGAAAAGCUCUACCAGCAAACACACCACGCUCCCGCCGGCCACUGCAGCCCAGCAGCGUCUACAUCCUGAUAGUUCCACUACUUCCCAUAGAAAAUCUCCGUACAAAGAAAACAACCACAGUCACAAGAAGGAGGACAGUAAAAAGAACCACCUGGAGCCCUCAGCUGUUCGUCAUCCUCAGCCUGACGCCGACUCUGGAGGUAACCACUGUCCCCCAGCGGCCGAAAGCGCCGGACCUUCCAAGACAAGCACCACCAAAACCUGUGACUUAGACUGUCCUGAUGACAAUGGUCCUAAAGCCAGGUUGAUGCUACGUUACCCAGAUGGACAGAGAGAGCAAAUUUCCUUGUCUUCUCAAGCAAAACUUUUGGCCCUGGUAAGACACGUCCAGUCCAAAGGUUACCCAAAUGAACGCUUCGAACUUGUCACCAACUUUCCCAGGAGGAAGCUGGCCCACUUGGACUAUGACAUCACACUGCAGGAGGCAGGGCUUUGUCCACAGGAGACUGUAUUUGUGCAGGAGAGGAACUAGCCUUGUCAGACACACUCACUUUUGCUUGUGUAUCUCUCUGGUAGACCUCACCCUUUCACCAAUGAUGUGGGACGAUGUCACUGGCCUUGACCCCAUAACCUUCUGUCCUCCUGGAAUUAGGCCCCGUUUUUGCCAAGACAACUCUUAGUGGAUGGACAUCUCUCCCCGCCACUCCAGUAGUCUCAAUACUGACGUCUCUACUGACAGCCUAAUCCCUUUGUAGUCUUCUACAAUUGGCCAGUAAGGUGUUACAGGUGCCGGCACUCUUUAAUUUUAUAAUGCAGUUAUUCUUCUCUGAUGCAGACUUCAUUUUGUUCGAAAUACUGAGGCACAUCAGGAUAGAAUAUAUAUAUAUAUAUAUAUAUAUAUAUAUAUAUAUAUAUAUAUAUAUAUAUAUAUAUAUAUAUAUACGAUAGCUCAUAUUCAAAUAAAAAAAAGCCCAAACAAUGGAUCACUGAUUGAUGACGAGGCACCAGGGACUUGUACAAAAAAAGACUUUUACCUCCCAUAAAGGAUGUUAAAUGUCAGAGUUUUAUUUUCUUGCUCUUCUUGUUAUUUUCUGUACCUGGGGACAGGUAAAGGGAGGCUCAUUCUUGUUUAAUUUGACCCAAAUUUGGUCUCACACGGUCAUUGUUUGAACAACUGUCAUUAUAUGGAAGGCAGAAGCACUAAGAGAAAAGGUCCGUGAAAUUACAAGUCUAGAAAAUGUGUCGGACAUCGGUGACACACGUGUGUAGAUCUGAGAGGACUUGGUUCUGCACAUUUUUACUCCAGUUUCUAUUGGUUAACUAGAGACUAGUAGAUUGUUUUUGGAUUUCAACUUUUGAUACAGAAGGGAAUGAAUGAAGGGUGGUACAUCUCAUCAGUCGGACCUACACUGUACAGAGAUGGCUUAGAGAGACUGAUAUUUAGCUGUAGUCAUUGUUUCCUUUCUUUUUUAUAUGCUGCCAAGAAAAUAUGCUGAUGUUGAAAUAUAACCACCAAAACCAA